UUGCGCCGCCCCUAAUUAAAUCGAGCACGGAGGAAGUAAAGCGUCUCCUGGUUUCUACGCCGCCAGCCGGUGCCGGCUUUUUCAGACCUCCCUCGCCCCGAGUUCAUGGCUCCUGCGUCGCGGAUCGCCGACCUUAAGCAAGCGGGCAACGAACAGUUCCGCAAUGGGCAAUACGGCCAGGCGGCUGCGCUCUACGGCCGAGCUCUGGAAUUGCUGGAAGCGGCAGGAGAUGUGAAUACAGAAGAAAAAAGUGUUCUCUAUUCCAAUCGUGCUGCUUGUUAUUUGAAAGAUGGGAACUGUAGUCUUUGCAUUAAGGAUUGUUCUGCCGCUCUGGAUCUGGUCCCUUUUGGAAUCAAACCUUUGUUGAGGCGGGCAGCAGCCUAUGAAGCCCUUGAACGAUACAAUUUAGCUUAUGUGGACUACAAAACUGUAUUACAGAUUGAUUGCACUGUACAGGCUGCACAUGAUGGAGUCAAUAGAAUGACAAAGGCUUUAUUGGAAAAAGAUGGUCUUCAAUGGCGCCAGAAGUUACCCCCCAUCCCAACUGUUCCUGUUUCUGCUCAGAGAAGGUGGGAGCCACCUACUGGAAGCCAGGAAGGUACUCCAAGACCCAAAGCAAGCAAUUCUGUUCCUGUAACAAACCAAGUGCCUAACGCUGCCUCAAGUGAACGAGCAAAUAUGCUGAAGCUAGAAGGAAAUGAAUUUGUGAAAAAGAACAACUAUAAGAAAGCUAUUGAAAAAUAUACAGAGAGCAUAAAACUCCACAAGAUGGAAUGCACAACUUACACUAACAGGGCUCUUUGUUACCUGAACCUGAAGCAGUACAAAGAAGCAAUUAUGGAUUGCUCAGAAGCCCUUAAAAUAGAUCCUAAGAAUGUCAAGGCAUUUUACAGACGAGCACAAGCAUAUAAAGAGCUUAAGGAUUAUAAAUCCAGCAAAGCAGAUAUCAACAGCCUCUUGAAAAUUGAACCAGACAACAAUGCUGCUAAGAAGCUACAACAAGAACUAAACAAGCUUUUAAAAUAAGAUAGCUAGAACUUUGUGCUUUUCUGAUAUGUUUUUGUUUUUUAAAAGAGAUUACUGGGAUGCGUUUGCAAAAUCCUAGGCCUGCUGAUGUUUCUCUGGUUCCUUCCCUUAUAAAAAGUGUCCAUUCUUCCUCCUGCAGUUCUAAAAAUUCUGUGUUAUCUCUUGAGAUCUGCAAAUUAUAUAGAAGAGGAAUUCUAGAGAAUUGUUUUUAAUUAGCACACUAUUUGUCCAAUGUACUCCUAGUGUGAUUGCAGAGACAGAACUAUUAUAGUGGCUGAUUGAUGAAAGUCUUGGCAUAACAAACAGGCAGUAAGACUUUCAAGAUCCUGCUUUGCCUUAAUUUUUGUGGACUAGCUUUGGUGGAGCAUUUUGGUCUUCAAUGUGUCAUUUGGAAAUCUAAAAAUGCUUUUGUCCUUUACUAUAGAAUGGCAUGUUGUCCUUUCUUCAUUCUAUCUAUACCUUUUAGCUUACCUUAAUUUCACAUUCUCUGAAGUUAAAUACAUGUUGAAAUAUGUUACUCUUUUUUCAGAGAUAUUUUUUCAUUUUAACCUUGUUAAAAGCUAAAGUUCAUGUUAUAGUGGAGGAGGGAAAAUAUUAUCAGUUUAGAAUGGCCCAAUCUCAGGGCUGCUUUUGCUUUUGCUUUUGCAUCUGUUUUCAGUUGCUUAUCUACAACCUAGAUUUUUGCAAACCAAAAAAAAAAAGUGCCCUCAGAAUGAUAAUUCAACAAACAUCUCUGUAGAGAGGAAUGAGUCAUGUAUGUUGUAUCUCUCACAUUGGCCGAGUUUAGAUGGGUCUGUUGGGCAGUUGUAAUUUGGCAACAUCUAGGUGACUACACAUUUUCCUUUCCUGCUAGAGAUAGAGUAGAAUUGAACAUCCACUUGCUAUUUGGUAAAAAUGCUAUCCAAGAUUAACCACUAUGUCACCUUAAAAAAUUCCUUACUUCUUCUUCAGUACCUAUACAGAUGUUGCUACUCAAAUUAUGCUAUCUCUGCAGCUUUUCCAAGGUGAGUCUGUAGGGACCCACUUAGAGCAUUACUACUUCUUGUCUUAGUGAGAGAAGAGUUUUGCCUCUUCCUACAGAGUAGAGAUUUACGCACCAAGCAUUUUGAGAAGAUACGUUUUCAAUGUACUGUGGAGUAUCAUUUGUUCCUAGAAAUUUUAGAUAGAGGGGAAAGUCUUUCCUUGAGCCUUGUUGCCAGGAUUAAAGCUUGUUGCUUACAGUAUCAAGUUACCUUGUUAUUUUAAACUUUCAAAAUAAACAAGCUGUUACGGAUAUAAA